AUUGCUGCAAAGUCUGCAUUGUGCAAUCAGCAUGAGUAACAUCCCCCCACUGUCCCCUGUAUGUGGCCAUAGGUCUCUAUGGGACUGCAUGCAUGCAUGUGCACCAGCAGACUGCAGACUGGCGGUAACUGGAGGCGGGUACUAUGCUGGGAGGAAAAGGAAGUGAGGACAGUUGAUGGUGGUGGGGGAGCGAGCCUGUGCUCUGAAUGGGUAUUCAGGAACACUCUAUAUAAUGUAUAUAUACACAGUAUAUGGCUAGUGCUGCACCCUGCUCCCGGGCCCGGGAUCCAGCGCAUCGCACAGAUACUGGACAUACUGCGCACGCUGUGGUGACAUUGGGGUGAGACGUCAAGGCUCCUUGACUUAGAGUGGACCUUUCUUUGGAACAAAUACCAGGAUGGUUUUUGUAAAACCGAGUGGGAGAAGUGUGGACAUCCGGGGACAACUGGGGAGCGGACGACCGCCUGUGACCAAGGCUGGAGCUGCAGGGCUUCCACAAAAACAAUGGCUGAUGAGACGACAUGAUCGCACGGGAGAAGCAGCGGUGAUCCCGGAGAAAAAGAGGCGAGGUAGGCCACCUUUAGCCAUGUCUGACACUCUAGACAGCCUAAGGAAAAGAAAGUACGGACAUGCCGUUGACCUCACAGACAAAGACAUGGGGGUCUCGGAAGAAAGGCAACGUAUAUAUGGGGCUCCCAAGGACGAAACGUGUAUGAUAUCGAUUGACAGCGCAAAUAAAAAUCCAGCCAUCCCGAAGAGGAGGAAACGAGGAAGACCACCUCUGUACAUACCAAAGACAGAGCAGAUGGAGAGAGCCAUUGAUAACCCAAAUGAAGUUGUGAAGUCCGUAGAGAAAAGAGGCCGUGGAAGACCCCUUGGAAGCGGUAGUAAGACGGCUCAAAAUAAAACUUUUGUGGGCCCGAAAAGAGCACGAGGGAGACCCAGGAAGACCGAACUGCUGCUUCUGAAUGAGACGCCAAAGGUGCCAGUGAUGUCGGCGCUGACUAAGCACAUCACUGUGAGACUGACAAAAAUGAAUGAGGAUCUCAUCAUGAUGGCCGGCCGGGAGGCGCGACUGAAAGUGGAAAAUAACACCGUUCGAGUGAAAAAUAGAGAAGAAGCGAAGGCGGAAAUCAUGCAGAAGAAGAAAUGCAUCAUGGUGGAACUGGAAGACAUCAUGAACGUAAAUAAAAAACGCACGUCUUCGGAGGCAGCGUCGGUGACCGUGGUGCUGGAGAAGCGACGAGGGCGCCCAAAGAAGCAACAGCCUAUCAAAGAAACUCAUCAGAGCUCCUUUUCAUCUUCUAGCACCUGGCCUCAGAACAUUAAAUAUGAAGCAAGCCAGGACUCCAGUCACUUCUCCGGUGACUUUACCUCACACAAAGAACAGGCGCCGACAGAGACGGCAGUCGGCAGGCACAAUGCAGAGUUGUUAGCGGAAGCCCAUUCUUCUAGUGUGGAACCACAAGACUGCUGGGAGACUGAGGAAGUACGGAUGCAGCACUGUCCAGAAUGGGAUACCAAGCCAGCGCAGACUGUGUGGACAACAGAGGAAGGAGCCGAAUCACUGGACAGCAGCUCGGUGACGCAGUUUGUUGUGGGGGAAUCGCUAACUCCCCAACCUUCUCAGCCUCCACUGCCGGCAGAGCCUAACGUCCAGGAAGAUCUACUCCGGGAGCUUUCGGCUUUCAGGUGCCAGCUGACGAAGGAGUUGACAGCCACAAGAGUGGAAGUACGAGAAGGGGCCGAGUUGGUGAGGUCCGCCAUUGCUGGCGUGUCUGCUGAGAUUAAUCGGCUCGGCCUUAUCUUGCAGCCUCUGGUCAAUGUUCUCUCUGCUGGAAACUUGUUUUGCCGCCCCACAAACUUUUCCACGAUGACAUCUUUACUGCAUCCCCAGCAGGAUACGCCACCUGAUGACACUGUGGAUGUUCCCCAGUCAUCUACGCUUCAGAAAAACUCAUUCGCCUGUAGACCUGAGAAGAACCCCUUUAAUCACCUCACCCCACGUGAUACACCCACGGAGUGCUCAACAGAGUCUCUACCUGAAAUUAUUUCUCCAGUCAAAACAGAAGACCUUACGGACAAUCUGCAGCCUUGUGCGUAUCAGGCAAAAUCCAUUGUUUCUCUUCAAGUGGCCAAGCCUAUCACACAGUCUUCGUUUCUUCCCAAACAUGAUAUACGCAAAGCGUGCUCCAUAAAUUCUUCUCCUAAGCUUGCUCCUUCAACCAUCCCUGAUUUUUCUGAGAAUAUUCCUCCACCCAACAUGCAUCAUGUAAACACUCUCGACUGUCUACAAGAGAAUUCCGCUUCUACACAUUCAGUCCUCUUCUCUGAUCACGAGGCACCCUUUGCAGACUCUCUGGCGCCUGCCCCUGAGGUUGCUUCACCAGCCAGCCAUGGUGAUGUCAUGGACAGCUCUUCUCAAAGGGAUUCUCCCCCGAUAAUCUCUGCACCCCAUGACAAUCAUGAUAAAUCCACAAUGUGCUCCACAGGCUCUCCCCUUGAGGAUUCAUCUCCAUCAAGGUCUACAGACUGCUGCACACAAGACCUGUCCCCACCUAAUUCAGAGAUGGCGCACCCCGAAAGGGACACAGACUCUGUCCACCAUCAAUGUAGCUCACCCGAAAAUGCAGAGGAUGCAUCUGUGCCAAAUGUGUCCUCAUCCCCUGUGAAUUUGCCAGGCUCCUCUACUGGGGACUCUUUAGUGAUGACCCAAGACCAAGAAGAGAUGAACUUGGAAGAGAUCUCUUUGAAAGAAACUUUAUCCAAGUCCUCACAAGACGUUUCUGAGUUGUCACACACAGCUGAGACUUGUGCCGUUCCACAAUCUGUGUGCGCACAGCCAACAAUCUGCACCAAAAUGUUACUGAACUUUGAUGUCGCAUCACAGUCUCCUCCCACAUCACCGCUUGCUUGUGCAUCAUUGCUGGCGAUGGACGGGGAGGUCCCACCAAUAUUGCAGUGUCCCUGACUGAGUUAACCUUCCUGAACAUUCAUAGGAUGUUAAUGAACUUUUUCCUGAUCCUACUGGGGGUUUUUUUCUAGUUGCAGACUGUUCAGUUGGGCCUCUUAGUUCUCCAAUUCCAUAGAUUGUGUUUGUCUGUUUCUUUAAUGGUUUAAUAAUUCUCUUUUACCUAUUUUGUUUAAAAGAAUUCCAGCACUGCGUGGUUUCCUUUCUUUUCAGCCCAUGGUAAUGUUCCAUUUCAGGGACUUCUGAAGGGGCUGUAAUGUUAUCGGAUAAGUUGAGGUUCUGGUGUUGCUUUAAACGCCGCCUAGUGUGCAGACGCUUUUACAGCUAUUUUAAUAAAGAAGUAAUGUUAAUUCUU